CCAUGGCAGCCUCCGCGAUAGUGAUUGUGAAUCGCGAGAGCCGGCGCCGAUUAUUUAGCUUGGGUGGGGAGUCAAUGCAGGGCUAGCUUUUGCCCGAAGACACCAACCCUGCAAUGUCCGUGCGUAGCCAUUUUGGUUCAAGCCUCUUUGGCUCAGACGUAUUCGCAGGCCUCAGGCCUAGUACAAUUCGCACGCGUAACCUCCUGUUGCCGCUGGUCGGAUGGCUGCCGCAGCGAGCGAUGCACCCGUUGUCGAUGCCGCGCGGCCCACGAAGAAACGUUCGCCCAACCGCCUCGUCGUCGAGGAAGCGCUCAAUGAUGAUAACUCCGUGAUCUCCCUGUCGCAAGCUAAGAUGGAGGAGCUGAGCAUGUUCCGCGGCGAUAACGUGCUUAUCAAGGGCAAAAAGCGGAAGGACACUGUUUGCAUCGUUCUCGCGGACGAUAACCUCGACGAUAACAAGAUUCGAUUCGUGGUGCGCAAGAAUUUGCGUGUUCGCCUCGGCGACAUCGUCUCGGUGCAUGCGUGCGGCGACGUGCCGUACGGCAAGCGCGUCCACGUGCUGCCGCUCGACGAUACCAUCGAGGGCAUCACGGGGAACCUCUUCGACACGUACCUGAAGCCGUACUUCCUGGAGGCGUACCGCCCAGCCCGCCAGGGCGAUCUCUUCCUGGUCCGUGGCGGCUUCCGCCCGGUGGAGUUCAAGGUCGUCGGGGUGGAGCCGGGCGAGUUCUGCAUCGUUGCGCCAGACACGGUGAUCCAUUGCGAGGGGGAGCCCGUGAAGCGCGAGGACGAGGAGAAGCUCGACGACAUCGGCUACGACGACAUCGGCGGCUGCAAGAAGGCGAUGGCCCAGAUCCGAGAGAUGAUCGAGCUGCCCCUGCGGCACCCCACGCUCUUCAAGACGCUCGGCGUGAAGCCACCGCGCGGGGUGCUGCUGUACGGCCCGCCGGGCAGCGGGAAGACGUUGAUCGCGCGCGCCGUGGCCAACGAGACUGGGGCCUUCUUUUUCCUGAUCAACGGCCCCGAGAUCAUGUCGAAGAUGGCUGGAGAGGCCGAGGGCAACCUCCGCAAGGCUUUCGAGGAGGCCGAGAAGAACGCUCCGUCCAUCAUCUUCAUCGACGAGAUCGACUCGAUCGCCCCGAAGCGCGACAAGACGAGCGGCGAGGUGGAGAAGAGGGUGGUCUCGCAGAUGCUCACGCUCAUGGACGGCAUGAAGGGCCGCAGCCAGACGGUCGUCAUCGCCGCGACCAACAGGCCCAACACCAUAGACCAGGCCCUCCGGCGCUUCGGGCGCUUCGACCGCGAGCUGGACAUCGGCGUCCCAGACGACAACGGCCGCCUGGAGAUCUUGCGCAUCCACACGAAGAACAUGAAGCUGGCUCCCGACGUGAAGCUCGAGGACAUCGCGGCGAACACCCACGGCUUCGUGGGCGCGGACCUCGCGCAGCUCGGCACGGAGGCGGCGCUGCAGUGCAUCCGGGAGAAGAUGGACCUCAUCGACCUGGACGAGGAGACGAUCGACGCGGAGAUCCUCGACUCCAUGGCGGUGACCCAAGAGCACUUCAAGGUGGCCAUGGGGACGUGCAACCCGUCCUCCUUGCGCGACACCGUGGUCGAGGUUCCCAACAUCAAGUGGGACGACAUCGGCGGAUUGGAGGACACCAAGCGAGCGCUGCAGGAGACCAUCCUAUACCCGAUCGACCACCCGGAGAAAUUCGAGAAGUUCGGCAUGACGCCCUCCCGCGGGGUGCUCUUCUACGGACCUCCCGGCUGCGGGAAGACCCUGCUCGCCAAGGCCGUGGCCAGCGAGUGCUCCUCCAACUUCGUGAGCAUCAAGGGCCCCGAGCUGCUCACCAUGUGGUUCGGCGAGUCCGAGGCAAACGUCCGCGAGGUCUUCGACAAGGCCAGGGCCGCGGCGCCGUGCGUGCUCUUCUUCGACGAGCUCGACUCGAUUGGCACGGCGCGCGGGUCUGGCGGCGGGGAAGCGGGGGGCGCAGGAGACCGCAUCAUGAACCAGCUGCUGACCGAGAUCGACGGCGUGGGCGUGAAGAAGAACGUCUUCUUCAUCGGCGCCACCAACCGCCCGGAGCUCCUCGACGAGGCCCUGCUGCGGCCCGGGCGACUGGACCAGCUGAUCUACAUCCCGCUCCCCGACCUGCCGGCCAGGCAGAACAUCCUCGAGGCCACGCUGAAGAAGUCCCCCAUCGCGCCCAACGUGCCCCUGCCGUUCGUGGCGCAGAAGACCGAGGGCUUCUCCGGGGCCGACCUCGCCGAGCUGUGCCAGCGCGCGGCCAAGGCCGCCAUCCGCGACGCCAUCGCCGCGGAGGAGCUCAAGGCGGGCGACGACGCCAUGGACGACGGCGCCGCGAACGAGAUCGGCAGGAAGCACUUCGAGGAGGCCUUCUCGGGCGCGCGCCGCUCCGUGGCCGCCACGGACUUGGCGAAGUUCGACCAGUUCCGCAAGAAGUUCGAUCCCGUCUACAUGACCCAGUCCGGUGGUGGCAGCGGGGUGGUAAUCAACUGGCCGGACGGUCCCGGCAUUGGUGGGGGCAAUGCCGCAAUGGCUGCGAACGACGAUGACGACCUCUACGGCUAGGUCCGUCACAUGUCCAGCCUUGCUCGAGGGGCAGUCUCUCAGACGCAGGACUGGCUUUGGAGUGAGGCUUGCAGCCCUCCCUCCCCGCUUCCGCUUCUAUCCCUUUCUGCCUGUUCCCCUGCCUCCUCAUAUGAAUAAUCUGUAUGCACAAUGGUGCGUUGGCUGCUUCGUAGAGCCUCCAGCGUCAGCGGAAUCUGCGCAUUUCUUUUCCAGUCUCGCACGGUUGGAAAGUGUGGUGGCGAAUUAUCUGCUCCCGCAGCACCGUUUCGAUCUCAAUCGAGCGUGGCAACAUCGCGGGCCUGUUUCCAGGCGUCUUGCCGCGUACGGCGUUGCCGCUUGCCUACUUCUCCCACAUCUUCUUUCCAGUCCACCAGAGCGAUCGCGCUGAUGCGAGACGAAAUGAUCCCAGAUAUGAUGGACAAUGGAAUGACAAAGCAAUGA